GAUUUUAUCCUUGUGUGUGGAGAUAGAUAGCCGCCCCCUUGAUUGAUAUCAGUGUGUUGAUAAAUCAAGCCUAGCUUAGGCCUGGUUGUUGUUGAUUUAAGGACUAGGAAUUACGAGCGAAGAUGGUGCUCGAGAUUCCUUUUUUGAAAGAUAUUUCUGUGAAAUUUAAACUUAGAUAUGUCGAGAUCAAUUUUAUAUUUUGUCAGCUCCUAGCAUUAGCCUUCUCAUACUUCUUCCGAUGGGUUUUACAUCCCCGGCGAACCAGUGCCAACACCAGGCAUUUGGCACAAAUUAUUUUUGGCAUUAUAGUGGCCUACAUAGCAUUUGGAUGGAAUGGUUUAUUACAUAUGUUUAUUAAUUCAUCAAUAUGCUACGUACUGAUGUUGACCAUGUCCCCAAGUACUGUACAAAUUUAUGUAUUUUUUGUGUCGAUGGUGUAUAUGUCAGGUGUGCACGUUUAUCACCAGCUAGGGGGCUUUGGUGUCUUCAAUUUGGAUUACAUUGGGCCAUUAAUGAUGUUAACCAUGAAACUCGGGAGUCUGGCUUACAGCAUACAUGAUGGUAUGGCCAGAGAUGAAGAGCACCUAAACGAUAUUCAAAAGAAGAUGUUAACCAAAGAAGUACCAAGACCUUUGGAAUUCUACAGUUUCAUUUUCUGCGUGUCUAGUCUUCUUGCCGGCCCUGUCUGCUUCUUCACAGAGUACAUCGAGUUUGUUGAGGGUUCUAAGUUCCGCAAGGUAGUGAGGGACGAGAAAGGCGAAAUCAAAGUAGUCUAUGACGACCCUUCAUCAGCGGGAGCAGUUAUAAGGAAAUUAAUAAUAACAGUGUUAUCAGCAGUUGUUCUUGUCAUGUUAGUUCCAAAAGUUCCAAUAUGGGGUAAUGUCGAUCCUGUUCACAUAAGUGAGAGGUCGUUUCUAUACAAAAUUGGUUAUCUACUUCUUUCCAUUGAGCUUGCUAAGUCCAAGUACUUCCUUGGUUGGGUCUUUGCUGACGCCAUCAACAAUGCCGCUGGAAUUGGUUUCGCCGGCUACGAUAAGAAAGGACGACCGAAGUGGAAUGGAAUUUCAAAUAUCAGGAUUAUAGAUUUUGAAACAGCAACUAGUUUAAAGACACUGAUUGAGAAUUGGAACAUAACUGGUACAAUCUGGCUGCGUCAUUGCUGCUACGACCGUGUACCAUUUCAGAAACGUCUCUUCACUUUCAUUUUAUCAGCUGUUUGGCAUGGGUUUUACCCAGGAUAUUUUGCAACAUUUAUGUCAGCAGCGUUUUUCAGUGCAGUGGCGGCAAAGUUGCGGUAUUCAAUUCGUCCAUAUUUUCUGAAAUCUGUGAGGACGAAGCAACUGUAUGAUGUAAUCACUUGGUUUGUGACUCACCUGACACUGGCUUACUUUAUUGCUCCAUUUACCUUCUUAAAGGUAGCACCUACCAUAGAGUAUUUCAACUCCAUAUACUGGUUCCUGCAUAUCCUAGGACUGGUUGCACUAAUUGUUUUGCCCAGACCAAAGCGAAGAGUAAAGUCAACGGAGGAGAAAGUAGAGAAAAAUCAUAACAUGAGUAAUCACACUCAUCACAACGGGAGUGCACUCAAUGGCUCAGCUCACACACUAGUAGCCAGUGACUUGAUGAAGAUGGCCGUCAAUGGAGAAGACAAGAAACAGAGAUAGAGAUGAUGAAGAGUCAUCAAUAUUUAUACAUGUGUAAUCUACGACGAAUCUAUCACAAUCACCUAGCUUUUAUCAGAUCCUAUAGUUGUUCUCUUCAAAGGCCAUUGUUAUAGAAACAUAUAGGGAAACUAUAUAAUGGGGUUUUUGGAAAAUAAUACCAAUAUCAAGUUUCUGACAUUUUUUCUGUUAAUUUAAACAACGUAAGAAUGAAUUAAAAUAUUCUUACGUUGUUUUUGUCUGUCAUCAUAGUUCUGUUGGAUUUAUUAGUAUUCAAUAUUCAACCAAUAUUAAAAGAAAAAAACUAUAAACUUUUCAUAAAUUAUAUCAGAUUAAUACAUUUGUAACCAGAUUAAAUAGUAUUUCAAAGGAAACUACUAAAAAGAAUUUAAUUGGUCGUUUUAAAAAGCAGACAGUAAAGUCUGCAGAUGUGGUCUGGAAAAAAUUAGGAAGAGACAACCAUCUUGUGAAUUGAAUUGAAAUGGAAAAGUAAAAAAUUCUAUAGGAAGAUGAAAGACUAAAUCAAACCGUAAAGCAAUUUAAUAUGAAAACAGCUGAAUCAAGAAAGUUAGAAGAUAGAAAGUUGUGUAUCUGAUCAUUUUGGAGUAAUACACUAGGUCUGCAAAUGAAACAAAAAAGCAGAUUAUGCUGAUGUUCAACAGUUGCAUCAGCAUUUCCCCUGAUAAGUGGUGCAUAUUUACCUGACAGAUGGGGUAAGAUGCUAAAAGCUAUUCUACCUAGAUGCUUGAAAAUGGCACGCUCAGGCAGGUAGUCUCUGCCUUCGAAAGAGAUUCUAAUUAAAAUCCGGACAGACUUCCCAACAACUGGUUCAGGUGUUCCACUGGCCUAGUUUUAGAUAACACUAUAUUUUUAGCAACUAUGACCACCUGUCUCUUUUAAACAUGUUUGCAUAAUCUUGUGUUUACAGUGAUAUUUGCAGAUCUUACCUUGAUCUUUGAUUUAUUACUUGAUGGAAUAAUAGAUUAAUAAAUCUUUUCCAUUUUUUUUAAAUUUUUUUUAAUGAUUUCUACAUAGCUUCAUGUCACCAUAUAAUUAUAUUUAUGUUUUUGGUGAUCAAAUGCGGUGAAAUAAUUUUAUAAAUUUUUUGUAUAUUUAAACUUUACCAUUUUCAGUACAUUAGAACAUACCACCGCCUUUAAGUUGAUCAAAUCAAACUUAAUUUUAUUCAUAUUUUUUAUUUGUAAUUAUUAAAUAAUUCAUUUAUUAUUGUGAAUUACAUGGUUUCUUAAUGAAUAAAACAUAACUGAAAUUAAUAGGUUAAUUUGCUAAUGAAAAGAUUUUAUCAGCAUUCCAAUUAAUUUCCAUUGCGAUUUCCACUCAAAAUUGAAAUUAAAAAGAAAUUUUUAAAGUGAGUAAAAGUUUAUGACGAUAAUUAAAUUACAGGGCUCGAGAACAGGAUCUAAUGUGGUUGGAUUUUAAAUGUGGUUUAUGUGCAAUUGUCCUCUUCAGGCAUUGUAAAUGGCGUUAAAAGGUAUUUUCAGUAUCUAUCUUUGUGUCUACUUCCACUUGGAAAAACCAAGUAUAAAAACUUUUCAAUUUGGAAUUCACCUCUAUCAUUGGUCAUAAAACUACUAGCAAUAUUUUUUUAUAAUAUCAAGGAACAUAAUUAUUCCAAUUUUUAUGGGGUUUUUAUGUUGGGAAAUGAACAUUUUUUUCUUUUUUUUUUAUUUGUGUAUUAAAUAACUGAUUUUGAACACUGUAAUGAAAUAUAAUCAUUUAAUUUGUAAGGUGUUCCUUCGUAUGGAUUUCUGUGCUGUUUAGAUUUGUUUUGUGUUAGCUACUUGAAUCAACAGAUUAUGAAACAUUCUAUCCUACCAAAAUUUAUUGUUUCUAUGGGUGCUGAUAAAAGAACACCUGGUUCAAAGAUGCAUAUAUACAUAUUGAUAAUUGUCAGUAAUCCUCAAUGUAUUAUUGUGGGCAUUGGAGUCGGGCAGUUUAGGUUUUUGUACUUUGUGUUUCCCAGGGAUAAGUUGGUAUGCCAGUCUAAUUGAUGCUUAGAAAAAUCUUUCUUUCACAAGAGGAUGACAAGAGGAUGCAACUGUUGAUUGCUAACAACAAAAAUCGAUUAGAUAUGCUACAUCUCUUCAGAUUUGACCAACGAUAUCAUUGUUUGUGUGUCACAAUGCAACCUGACGUGUGAGGUAUUGCGAUUGUAACCAUGGAGAUAAAGAAUGAUGUAACGAUGACAUUGUUGGAAUAUCUAAAAAGUUAGUCACAAUACUGUACAACUGAACACGUCAUCAAUCAUUGUGAAUGUAUCCAUAAGGGGGGAGGGGGUCGUUCUCUGUGAAAAGUACAGGAGGACCGAUUUUCGUGCUAUUCAAUAGCUUAGCUGAAUAUAAGUAAGGACUUCAAAGUCCUUGAUAUAAGUAUUAGUAUAUUUAUGUCCUGAAAAAAGUAGAUGGAAGUUGAUUAAGCAAGCCAGGAUGUCUGUAAACUGCUAAUGAUGAAUUCUGGAUGGAUCUAAUCCAUCUCGUUGAAUUCGGAAAGCAUGACGUUCUCAUUGUGGAAAGUGGCAUUACAAAUUAUUGAUGCAAUUACUGUUUUUUUUUUUAUUUGAAAGGGGUUUUUUAAGGAAUUUGCAUGCUGAUAUGGAUCCAGGGGUUAUAAUAUUAGAUGUGCUUUAAUGUGUUUUUUGAUUGUGAAAGGCACUAUAUAAAAUACCUAUGUUAUGUUAAAUCAUUGUAAACUAAAUCCCCUCAAGUAAUAAAGGUAUUGAUAUGUGUUAAAAGAAAGAAUAUUUAAUAAAUAAUCAUAUUAGAAUAAUAAAAGAAAAUUAGUAAGUUUUAAAAAUAAAUUAUAUGAAUUGUAAAUAAUGCACUACAAUUUUUAGGUUCUAUUUAUCCCACCAAGUGUGAUCUUUACUUAAUGAUUGUUUGCUCAUAUAAGCCUAACCUAACAUACCAACUUUGUCCCUUUAAUAAAUGUUAUUAAAGGGACAUGCUGUUAUUUGUUAAUUUAUAAAUGUUAUUAAAGGGACAUGUUGGUAAUUAAUAAUGUAUGAAUAUAGGGACAUCAUGUUAUUUCAUAAUUUAUAAAUUGUUAUUAAUGGGACAUGCUGGUAUUACAUUUUGUAUGAAUGGUUUAAAGGUUGAAUAAUGGUGCUGGUAUGACUGUGAUUCCUUGUUGCAAUACUACUAGCAGGCCUGUCAAUCACACAACCUAUAAUGGUUGUCAAGGUUACAUUGACUGGACUUAUGGCAUGGCAUUUUGAAUAUUUAAAGUUUAUCAUGCAUCUUUCGAAGUAGAAGACUAAAAUGUGGAAAAAUAUUGGAAUUGUGAAGUGAAAUAAGUGAUGGCACCCUUAAGUUGGGCAUAUACAGUGUUGGCUGACAAAUCCACCUUCGUUCUGUACACACUUGUCUUUGAGACGCUGUCUGCAGAUUGUCAGUGGCAGUGUAAGUGGGCAAUCGUUGAAAAAGUCACACCAACUUAAUCUUGAUUGAAUUGCACCAUCAGCCGACAGUUUGUGCCCAGCUUUUGGUUUCUAUGGUUACGCAUUUAUAACAGCCCUUCUGUAAAAGUUAGUUUGACUUUAAUACUCUAGUGUUCUCAAGAUGACAGAAUUUGAUGAUUUAGAUUUGUCAUAUAGUAUUGUUAUACUCUGUGUGAUGUAAAUGCAGUUGCUCAAAACAUGUCUGCCUGAGAAAUAUAUAGAGGGUAUGUUUUCCUGUCAUUUCACAACAGAAGGCAGUAAUUAACAUGUCAGAUUUAUAGUGAGUGAAUUUAACCCUUCUUAGUUUGUCAUACAAUUUGGUGUAUCUGUAUUUUUUCAUUCAGAAAUCCUAUUGAAGGAUAUGAUACUGUGGGAAUUAUGAAUAGAUUGCAUUUGAAGACAAGUAUUAUCUCACACGGGAUACAUACUACAAAUGAUGGUAGGGUAUGAUAGUGUCAUUAUUCGUGUACUUUAACUUGAGUACAGACUAUAUGACCGAUUACAUAUGGUUUAGCUUUAAUUUCUGUUACAGAGUAAAAAAAAAAAACCAAAUGUUAAAAUGAUUUCAGAGUUCCACAGUUGAGACCUCAAUUGAGAUUUUAAAGUUUAGCUUCCUUAAAAAAAAAAAAAAAAAAAAAAAACCUUGGCUUAUGAUGUACUGUUAUAUAUAUAUAUAUAUUUAUAUAUAUAUACAACGGAAGUCAGGUAUUUUUUUUCGUUAGUGAUAGUGGUAGUAAGUACUGCUCCAUGUACAUUUUCCUCUGUGAUACCAAUACAAUUUCAAUAUAUUGGAAUCCAUUGUCAAAAUAACAACCACCUGGUAAUUUUUUUAAAUAAAAACAUAGAUAUAAAAAUUACAAGAAAUAUCUAGCAAUAUGUUGGAAGGUACGUGUUAUGAAAAUUAUAUAACAAAGAUCUGAAAUCCUCUAGCAUUUGUAGUCAAUAAUCCUGUUAUUACCAAUAACCACUUCCCUUAACAGGUCAUCGUAAUGUAUUCAGUUUAAAUGACUGCUUACUUGUAAUGUAUUGGUGUUGUAUUCUCCGGAGCCACCCUUCCCCAGGAACUCCACUCCCAUUCACUGCAGUAGAGAUAAGCUUUCAGUAGAUACAUAUUGUACAUGUUUUGGUUAUCUGUUUUCAUAUGGAAUAUAUGCGAGUUAUUUUUGUACGAUGCAAAUGAUUAAGAAUGAGAAAUAACAUGGCUUUUUGAAAUAAUUUUUUUAAAUAUAAUUAAUAAAAUGCACUAAUAAUUAAA